GAGAGUUUAAAACAAAGUGAACCGGGCGCUUUAGGCUGGUGCUUUUUCUGCUCCAAGAUCCGGUCAAGCCCUGCUUUGUCCCCUAUACAGAACCAAACUUUGGGCACCACUUGGUCAUCACCAAUGAUUGUGUGAAAUUGGAAGAAUACUGAGGUAUUUCACAGGCUACAAUGAUGGCUGGUAAAGAAACACAAUUUUCUAAAGGAGGAGGAAGUAAAAAUCUCACAAAUGGAACCGGAACUUCUCAAGGACAGUGGGGUAGAGCUUGGAAAAUUGACUGGUUUUCCUUGGCAAGUGUUAUUUUUCUACUCCUGUUUACUCCCUUCAUUGUGUAUUAUUUUAUAAUGUCAUGUGAUCAGUUCAAUUGCUCACUAACUAAACCAGCCAUUGACUUGCUCACAAGCAAAGUCACUCUCGUGGAUAUCUGGAACAAAACACCAUCAUUGACCUGGAAAGCAGCGACUAUUUAUACUUCUUGGGUUGUUUUCCAGAUAAUUUUGUUCAUGCUUCCUGACAUUUGUCAUAAAUAUCUUCCUUACUAUCGAGGAGGACUGCAGGAAGGUGCUGUGACACCUUCUGGCUUGGUGCUCAAAUACGAAAUAAACGGACUUCAAGCCUGGCUUAUCACACACGCACUCUGGUUUACAAAUGCUUAUGUUUUCCACUGGUUCUCACCCACCAUAAUUUUUGACAACUGGAUUCCACUUCUGUGGUGUGCAAAUAUCCUAGGCUAUGCAGUAUCCAUAUUUGUAAUGAUAAAAGCCUACCUUUUCCCCACUAAUGCAAAAGAUCGCAAAUUCACCGGUAACUUCUUCUAUGACUUCAUGAUGGGGAUUGAAUUUAAUCCUCGUUUAGGAAAAUGGUUUGAUUUCAAACUGUUUUUCAAUGGUCGUCCAGGCAUUGUAGCCUGGACCCUAAUUAAUCUCUCUUAUGCAGCAAAACAGCAGGAAUUACAUGGACAAGUAACUAACUCUAUGAUCCUUGUCAAUGUCCUACAGGCUAUCUAUGUUUUGGACUUCUUCUGGAAUGAAACCUGGUAUUUGAAAACCAUUGACAUUUGCCAUGAUCAUUUUGGAUGGUACCUUGGAUGGGGAGACUGUGUUUGGCUUCCUUACCUCUACACUUUGCAGGGACUAUACUUGGUCUACCACCCCAUUCAGCUUCCCACUGGUAAUGCAGUUCUGCUUCUACUUUUGGGUCUGGUGGGCUACUAUAUCUUCAGAAUGACAAAUCAUCAGAAAGAUCUCUUUCGUCACACUGAUGGCAAUUGCAAAAUAUGGGGCAAGAAGCCAAAAUACAUUGAAUGCUCCUAUACAUCAGCAGAUGGGACAAAGCACUACACUAAACUGCUAACUUCAGGGUUCUGGGGGGUGGCCCGCCAUUUUAACUAUACAGGAGACCUGAUUGGCUCCCUGGCAUACUGCCUAUCUUGUGGUUUUGACCACAUCUUGCCUUAUUUUUACAUCAUUUACAUGACAAUUCUUCUGGUUCAUCGCUGCAUCCGAGAUGAAGACAGAUGCUCUAGCAAGUAUGGCAAGAACUGGAAAUCGUAUACUGAUGUGGUACCAUAUCGACUGUUUCCAGGGGUUUUUUAAACGCUUAAUUUGGGGGCAGAAAGUGUAUGUUUUAGAAUCCAUGUAUGAACAGUAUUUUUUCCCUGUGGAACAAAUUUUGAAGGUAUAUAAGAACAGGGCAUCAACAAGGUAUGUGGGACAAGCUAAAGGGAUAGGAGCUAAAAUCCUCAUGCCACUACAGGCAUACAUUAUACAAAUAUUUUAGGGAUGAUUUUGUUAAAAAGGAACACCUGGGCUGAUUCUUUUUUUUUUCCAAAGAAGCUUCAAAUAAUACUACUACUAAUAAAAAUAUUCAUUAUGAUCAGGGUUCAUACUGUUACUUUGCUGUAAGUAGGGUUAAGAGGGAAAUGCCUGUUAAAAGUAGGGGUUUUUUUACUGCUGAUUAGCAUAGCAGUGAUUCCUGAUUGUUUAUUUACAAAUUCUGUUCUGGGUGAAGGGGACUUCUGAAUUAAUAAUGAAGAGUUCCACUUUCCAUUUGAUUAUUAGGUCUUUAGAUUAGGACCCUUCAUUAACCUCUAAUUAACUCUGAAUGCAUAAAUCAUAAUAUAAGAAUUGUUAUUCCAUUUAAAACUUGGUGACUGUGAGUGAUAGCUUUGUACUACUUCAUUGUUGUUUCAACUCAUAUUUGUGAAAUAAUCAGGGUCUGGGAUGCUCAAUUAUAAUUUCUUCCCACUUUCUGAAAUUUUUGGAAUAACUGACCUUGCUAAUUGUCUUAGAAGGUUUCUGCACAGUAUUUGUAUACACAAAGUCCACCUUUUAAUACAGGGAAAUAUUUAUUUUAAGUGGGAAUAGUAAUGUGUCUGCCCUUUUUCAACACUGAGAUGGACAUUUCUUGCAAAUGACUGUUGUACUGUUGCUGCAAAAAUGUAAUGUGAAUAUAGAGUUCGUUUCUCGUUGAUGACAAAGCGACACAGUAUUUCCUAUAAAAUGGAAAUCCAUGGCCUGUUUAAGAUGGAAGCAGGUUUUGAAUUAUUUUUAAAUGGGUCUUAUAAAUACAAGGAUUAUGUCUUUGAGUAUUUUCUAUAAUAUGAUCAAUUCAAUUUAUAUUGAAUACAAGUAUUAUUCAGAGAACUAUGUCAAUAAGAAAGCUGCCUAACUUGAGUGAUACGCAAUUUUUCCUAUAACAUCUCUUGUGGAUAUUGCUAUACAGCUUAAACUUAUGGGCAAGAGAGAGGAAAGCUAUUUAGAUUUUGACUGUUUUGUUUUGUAUUUGUCCCUGAAAUGUACUUUUUACAGUUAUUGUAUUAAAGAUACAAUCCUGAGA